AUGGCCUUCUGCGGGUCGACGUGCCCAGCCCCUAAGUCCAUCACCGUGGAGGCAUUGCCGGUGGACUCGUCCAGCAUCGUCUGGCCCCGGUUGUCCUUUGUAUACGCAGUCGUCAUCAAGGCCGACUUGAUCGCCGCCGGGCUCCAGCCCGGGUGCGCCGCCUUGAGAAGCGCUGCCAGGCCGGAGACAUGCGGGCACGCCAUGGACGUCCCUGACAGGAUAUUGAACUCCGUCCGCCGGCCGUCAGCGGAGAUCCCCGCAGGCCCCACGCCGUCCGGCCAGGCUGCCAAGAUGUUGAGCCCCGGGGCGACGACGUCGGGCUUCAAGAUCUCGGGCGACUGCGGAUUGGGCCCACGCGCAGAGAAGGACGCCACCACCGGCGCCGGCCGCACCCCCAACCGGGUGCCGCGGAACACGAUCGUCGCCGUGGGUGCGCGCUUGGGUGGCGGCGAGUCCGCGAUGUAG